AUGGUGCCCCAGACAAGUAAAAGUCCACGCCGAAUUAUGAUUAUAACUGGGGAUGAAAGUAUCAUGGAACAAUUUCAAAACAAUAGUAAUGUAGCCUUUAUUAAAUCCGUUAUCUUCGAACCGAAAGACAAUGAAGAUGCACUUUCUGAUCUGCCUCCAGAUGCAAAUCAAUUAUCAAGCCACAGAAGAGUAAAAAAUUGUUUUUUGACUUGCGUUGUUUGCGGCUCAUCCGCACUGGGAUACAAUUUUGAUGCAAUUACAUGUGAAAGUUGUAAAGCAUUUUUUCGUCGGAAUGCCCUAAAAGAUCCAGCAUCUUUGCAUUGUCGACGUAACAGCGAUUGUGAAGUAACAUCGGAAACACGACGACGAUGUUCGGCAUGUCGCCUGAAGAAAUGUCUAAAUGGUGGAAUGAAACGUGAGCGACUACAGAGGACCGAAGAAAAAGCAGCCAAACGACGUUUAAUGGAAGCAAAUGUAAUUUCAACGCAUAAAACUGAACAACACACAAAUGAUCAAAAACACCAGUCACCGAUAUCAAAAACAACGAAGCACACUUAUCCAAUCGGUUUGGCAUCUAUUCAAUCACAUUCCCACAGAAAAUUACUUACCAAAGAGGAUGUAGAUCGUGUAGAAUCCAUUCAAAAUUUAUAUGAACAACGCAUUGAACUCGCUGCACGCGAUGGUCUCCCAUGGGAUCCAUCUGCCAAAUCAACAACCUUUCUACAAGUUGUCAAUUCUCGUUCAGUACCAGCAAUUCGGCUCGUAGCAUUUUUCCGGCGAAUUCCUGAAUUCAAUCAAUUAAAUGUUGAUGACAAAGUUACACUAAUCAAAUAUAAUCUCUUGCCAUUGAGUCUACUCAAUGGUACAUUAUCAUACAAAAAAGAAACUGACCAGAUCGUUGAAAGUGAUUUCGAUGUACCGUGGGAUUCAGGUAUUUUAAAAAAAGCUUAUGGUGAUGAAAUAUUCGCAUCAAUAAAAAGAAUUUUCAAUUCAUUUUUACGCAUUGCACAGUAUGACCGAAGAAUAAUUCAAAUGGCACUUAUAAUACUUAUAUUGAACAAAGACUUCUCGGCAGAUUCUGAAAGUAAUGAACCUAAUCUUAAUGAUGAUAUGGCUGUAUAUAGUGCACAACGUUUCUAUACAGAAUUAUUAUGGAAACAUAUGGAAACAUCGCAUGGAUUUGAAAAGUCUACACAUAUAUUUAUGGAACUUGUUGUAAAGUUUAUGUCAUGGCAAACCAUUGAAAAACAAACUCGAAUUAAGAUUCGAAAAGCCUUGUCACCGACAGAUACGAAUCAGCUAUUACCAAUAAUGAAAUCAUUAUUGAAUAUGUCAUAA